AUGAAGAGAAACGCAAAGCAUAUAGAAGAAGAAGAAGAGAGCAUGAAGUACAGCAAUAACAAUGGUGGAGUGGCAUGGUCAAGAGGGCCAUUAAUUGGCAAAGGAGGGUUUGGAUCAGUUUAUUUAGCAAGUUUAAAGAAUAAAAAAUCAAGUAAUGGCUAUUAUCCUCCAGUUAUGGCCGUCAAGUCCGCUGAGGUCUCUGCUUCUUGUUCGCUUCAAAAGGAGAAAGAGGUAUUUAACUGUCUCAAUGGCUGUCCUUUUAUUAUCAAGUGUUUUGGUGAAGAAACUACUAGCAAUGAAGAUGGUGAGAUGUUUUAUAAUGUGUUGUUAGAGUAUGGAUCAGGAGGGACCUUAGCUGGUCUUAUCAAGAAAUCUGAUGGUGUUGGUUUGUCUGAAUUGGAUGUGAAGAGAUACACUAGGUCUAUUCUUGAAGGGAUUUAUUAUAUUCAUAGUCAUGGCUAUGUGCAUUGUGAUCUCAAGCCUGAGAAUAUACUGCUUGUUUCCAGUAAUACGAAGGCAGGUGAAUUUUUGCCAAAGAUUGGGGAUUUUGGGUUGGCAAAGAAAUCUGAGACGAGGAACAAGAAAAGGAAAAUUGACCCUUAUUUAAGAGGCACUGCUUUGUACAUGGCACCAGAGACUGUGGGAAAUCAUGUGCAGGAGCCUCCUUGUGACAUAUGGGCUCUUGGAUGUGUUGUUCUUGAGAUGCUUACUGGGAAGCCAGCUUGGGAUUUGAAACCGGAUGUUACUACUGAAGAACUUCUGAGAAAGAUCGGUGAUGGCUAUGAAUCGCCUAAAAUUCCUUCUCAUAUUUCGAAGGAUGCAAAAGAUUUCUUGAAAAGGUGUUUUGUGGCCAAUCCUAUGUUCAGGUUUACUGCUGAGAUGUUGCUGGAUGAACCUUUCAUGUCAGGAGUGGCUUUAGAUGGUGGUGACUUUGUGGAGACUUUGGAUGCAGAAAGGGUGGAAUGGACAGUCACAUUAUGCGGGACAGAUGAUGAAUUUAGUGGUUCCCCAUUUUAUGAAGAAUGGAGCUUCUCAUCAGAUGAUGGUUCGUGUUUCUCUCCUUGGUCUGAUGAUGAAGAGGGUAUUGCCAGUGAUGUUGAUGCAAUGAAGCAUGCAUCACGGGUUGAAGCAAACCCAGUGGAACAGUAUCCACCAAGCUGCACUAUACCUGCUGGUGCAUAG